CUCGUUCCGUACUGUUUCCUCCAGCUUCAAGAGUUCUUACAUCCUCAAAGAGCAGGCUCUUUUCUGCCGCUCAAGCAUUCGUUAAAACUCAGCACUACCCAGCAUUGUCUACGUUGGCAUAGACUUCGUAACUUAAUUUGGGAUUCGGGAAAAGUCAACAUGCAUUCUACUUUCACCGCUCUGGCUGUCACUGGCCUUGCCGUUCAGCAAAUCGCUGCUUUUGGUGGCCGCAGCAGUGGCGCAUAUGGCGGCGGCUGGGGCGGAGGUUCUUCGUACUCUACGCCAGACAAUACGGACAAUCAGUGUUCCAGCGAGCAGUCAAGUGGCUACAAUUGGUCUGGUCUCAACUCCGGUUCCUUCAGCAAUUACGGCAGCAACACAUUUUCGGGUUGGUCGUGCUCGAACAGCUUCGGCAAGCGUGAUCUUCUGUCCAAGAGAACAUUCCAGAGCAAAUGCAUUACUUCCAACCUCGACGACGAGCCUUCGAUUGGAUGCGAUGGGAGCGAUAAGAUGUCAAUCGACGAGUACGAAGUCUCUGCGGACCAGGAUGCUGAUAUAGAGUGCUAUUAUGUUAUGCAGGACGGCAGUUCGUGCAAAGAAACCCACUCGUGCAGCAAGAGCGGUUCUGUGAUUAAGAACUCGCAGUGCGGCGGUGCCAAAAGCGUCACAUUCAAGCCCGCUGGUGAUUCAAAGGGCAAAGGAUGCAACAUCGGUGUUCACAGUAUCGGCUUCAACUGCGGCUCUGCUUCGAGCUCGGUGCCCAGCUAUUCGAGCACUUCGGCUGCCGUGAGCAGCUAUUCUACACCUGAGGUCUACACGACUAGCACCUCUGUCUCCGCCGCUGAGACCAGCUCCACAGAAGGCAUUCCGGGCUAUGGAAGCUCGUCUCAGCCAACUGCACUAGGCUAUCAGACCUCUACCCCAUCUGCUCCAGCCUCUAGCAGCACAGAGAGCUCGCCCGUCUCGCUCAGCUACGACACUUCGAGCGCCCCAACAGCACCAGGCUACGAGACCUCCACCCCAUCUGCUCCAGCCUCUAGCAGCACAGAGAGCUCGCCUGUCUCGCUCAGCUACGACACUUCGAGCGCCCCAACAGCACCAGGCUACGAGACCUCAAGCGUUCCUACCGCGCCUGGAUACGAGACCACUCCAAGCAGCACCGAAUCGUCCCCGAUCACUACCUCGCCCGCCGCAAGUUCGGCGUGGACAAUCCCAGGAUAUGGGAACUCGUCCACUGAAGGAAUUCCCGGCUACGGCAGCUCGAGUUCGAGCUCGACUGUGGUCAACGCUGUCACCACUAGCUCUGGCAUCCCUUCAUACACGACCAGCACAAUUUACAGCACGACUCUGCAGACUAUCACAAGCUGUGCUCCAGAAGUGACCAACUGCCCAGCUAGCACUGGCGGCACUUACGUAGUCACUCAGACGGUCGCCAUCUCAACCACCGUCUGCCCCGUCACUGCAACUGAAACACCUGCUGAGUCUACACCAGUCCCACAAGGACCUGACGUCCUUCCAAAGUGCUUGAACACUUGGUUGUAUCUUUCCGGUUGCAAGGACAACUCGGACUAUAACUGCUUCUGCAAGAACAGCGAGUUCAUGACCAAGGUCUACAACUGCCUCAGCGCUUGGUCUGACAGCAGCGAUGAUACAAACAGUGGUGCAGGCUACUUGAUGGGCAUCUGCGCCAAGUAUAUCCCAGAGAACCCUGCGAUCAUUACUGGCUGCCCAAGCACCAUCAUCACGACUUAUACGAUCACUCAAAGCGGCACCGCACAGGCGGUUCCCGGCCUGGGAUACGGCACACCAGAUUCGGCUGGAAGCAGUGUAGCUGGCCCAACCACGCCAGCCACUGCCUCCGCGCCGGCGCCAUAUCCAACCACGAGCUCAGCACCCGGCCCCGUUGGAGCUGUCGGCGGCAGCCCCUCGGGCUUUGGAACUACAUAUGUUCCUGCUCAGCCCACAAACUCAGUUGUGCCUUACACUGGCACUGGCACUAAGAACUCGAUCAGCGGAGUUGGUGCUAUUGCUAUCAUCGCCGCUCUCCUGGCUUGAAAUGCUUUUCGCGAAUGUACAGACACGUAAUGGAUUAAUAAUGACUUGAAACGGAAGGAUUCAGAAAAACUUUGCAUUCCGAUCAAAUACUACGGGCUGGUGAUAACUAAGGUCGGCUGGAAUACCAUGGAUGUUGCGUUUGGUUUUUGGGUGGAAGAGAUAUCAUCAUAUGCUUCAUGACGGUCCUUACGAUGAAGAAGCCUCAAGCUGGGUGUGGUGAAACCCAGACAGAUGUGUUUAUAGUUGUGAAUUGCAUUUACUCUGUGUAGUCAUAUGCAGUCUCAUAGGUGUUCCCUCAGAUCGAGUAUCGAUACCAUUUCCUGCUUG